AUGGGUGAUGGCGCAACGUACGAUGAGGUCGUCGCCCGCUGUGAUGAUCAUGCGCCAUUCCUCAUCUCUCAUUUUUAUGAGGAUAGCAAUGCCUUCGACUGGCCGCCUACAUCUUUUUUUCAAUGGCUUGUUGAACGCCAUCCUGACAUUCACGCAAAUGUUUUGGAAUCCAGGAAGAAGAAGUCGGCAGGAGCAGCUAGCAGAGAUGAACUUCCUCGAGAGACCGAAGUUAUCGACUCGCCUAGCGCAACUGAUGAGCCCCCUGCCCAGAAGAGUCUAUCAAAGCGAAAACAGCGAAAUCCUUCCCAGGAUACCAACCUUGCCAGCAACGAGGUCGACGCCAAUGACUUUGCAACCUCUAACUCUCAACGCAGCAUCAGGUCGAGGUCCAGGGCCAAGACCAAAACUCAAUCGCGAAGCCCGCCCCCUGAAGUCCCUGCCGUAAAUCAAAUAUCAACUGCCGAAGCAAUGGAGGUGGACGUCGUCCCUCAAAUGCCACCUUUAGAGCCCGAAAAUGGUCAUGUUGCCGGUCAACGCUCACAUGUUGAUAUGAUCUUGGAAGGGCUCGAAGAGCUCCGACCAGAACUGGAACCUAUCACAAAGACUACAUUUUCCAAGGUUUCGUCAAAAUUAUACUACAAGUGCACCAUCAGACACUAUCCGGGUUCGGGUGAGAUCUUGAAGUACUACGCCAAGGAACUUUUGGAGCGCUUAGAUAAGAAUGCGUGGGGUGAGUCUGGGUUCUGGAAAACACUGGAAGAGACUGCCAGCGGCCCUCGAUCCAAACUUGAACAUGUUACCGUCGACCAAAUCUCGGCCAGUCUCGUGCGUAGGAAGGCCAAGACUAUGAAGAACGAGCCAAGCGCAUCUAGCAAAGUGAUCGCACUGGAGACACCACCACCAAAACGCGUUGGACGCCCAGCGGGUAAGAUGUCGGCUCUUCGCCUAGUUGGGAGCAAAGGAAGCAAGCGACGACUUGACCCUACCGAUGACACCCCCACCACCGCUUCUCGGGGAUUUAAGACAGCCAAGAUAUCACACAUAUACGAUUCGGAGGAAGAUCAGGCUAUGGACGACGCUAGUAGUUCCGGCGAUGACGAUGAUGAUUCCGAGCCUGAUACCGCUGAGUCUCCAGCUGCGCUGAAGCUAGUUAUUCGUGCUGAGAAUGUCCCUACGACUGAACCGAAAGGGCCUAACGGUACUUGGGUAUGCGACGAAGACGACUGCGGUUUCGUUGUACGCAAUGCAGAUCAACAGGAAGGCCGCGAAAGGAUCCAAGAACACAUUCGGGAAGCACAUUAUGAGGAUGACGAGAGCCGGGACACACGCAUUGACUUGGCAGUGACUGAGGGGGUCAAGAACCACCUUCCCAUUGAGUAUGACACCCCGUUUGCAUCUUCUUAUUUCAGAUAUAUCUGCCAUUCUAAUGACCAUCCCGAGCUUUCACCAUUUUGGGAGUCUCGUCCAAGUGGAUCUACAACUGAGUGA